AUUGCUCUCACUUGAAGAUGUGUCCUGCAGUGGAACAGUGACUUUGAAGGCACCAGCUUAUCCUGAAGAUGUCUCCUGUAGGCUUGAGUUGUCUCUUUAUCUCCGUCUUGGUGUGUCACUGGGUGCCAGCCGGCUCCUACUCUAAUGGCAAGGUCACCAAAGUCUGUGGCAGCAUGGAACCCCAGCAUGGCUCUUCUGGUCAAGCCUCCCCCAGCCCCUACCGCCUCGAAACCAACAGCAGCACGUUCAGACCCGGAGACCAGAUCCAAGUCAUCCUAUCAGGCACAUCACAUUUUAAGGGCUUCCUGCUUCAGGCCAGAGGUGCAUCCAAUCAGGGCUUAGUAUCCACAGUUGGCACCUUCACCCUGACCGAUCAGAAAAAGACGCAGCUGCUCACCUGCAACAAGCACCAGGGUUCAGCAGUGAGCCAUACAAGUGAUGCCCAGCAGACGGAGGUGAUUGUCAUCUGGCAUGCUCCUGCAGACGCUCCCACACAGGUUCAGUUUUUUGUGUCUGUAGUAUCCCAAUACAAUGUAUUUUGGGUGAAGCUGCCUGGACCAAUCAUCUACCAGCAUGGUGUAACUCCCCACCCCCCUCAGACCGACACCACUCCUCCUCCAGUACAGCCAACAACCUCCCCCUCUAUCCUGCCUGGGCCUUUUACUUCUGAGGGAUGUGGCCAAUCAAAGUCCUGCCUGCUUGAUCCUCCGGACUGUGAUCCUGAAGAUCCUCAAUGCUUCUUCCUGUCCAUGACUACGGAGGGGCCCGACAAAAUGUCUGUGACAUUUGAGUUGAGUGGGCCGGCGGAGGGAUACGUUUCUUUUGCACUGUCCAGGGACACAUGGAUGGGCGAUGAUGAUGUGUACAUGUGUGUCACAGAUGGGAUUAGAGUAUCGGUGAGUGCGGCCUUCGUCAGUGGACGAUCACACCCUGAGGACCAAUCACAGUCCGGUCUCGCCUCGGUGUCAUGGCGGCUGGUCGAUGGUGUGAUUCAGUGCAGGUUCAGUAGACUGGUCAAACUGUCCAAUCAGGAACCAGCCCGCUAUGAUCUGGACCAAGCCUACUUCCUCUUUCUAGCUCACGGACGUGCUCAGUACGGUCGGGUAUGGAAACAUACUCAGCAGCCAUUCAUCUCCAGCCACACAAAACACAUCACUGGAGCCCCUGAGGUCCUGGGAGGCUCCCGGGGACCCAUCCUCAUGAAACUGCAUGGUUCUCUGAUGCUGCUAGCCUGGAUGCUUACAGGAAGUGUGGGUACCUUCAUCGCCAGUUUCUACAAACCUGAUUGGCCAAAGCAAACUCUGCUUGGCCAGAAAGUCUGGUUCCAGGUUCACCGAGGCCUGAUGAUGCUUACUGUGACUCUGACCAUUGUAGCCUUCUGCCUCCCAUUUUUCUACAGGAAAGGUUGGAGCAAGCAUGCAGGUGUCCAUCCAUACCUGGGCUGCUGUGUUCUAACAUUAUCUCUGAUUCAACCAAUCAUGGCUCUGAUCCGACCUUCCCCUGAUUCCCUCAGGAGGUAUAUCUUCAACUGGGGCCACUGGGGAGUUGGCACUGUGACUGAGGUCUUGGCAGUGGCAGCCAUGUUCCUUGGGAUGCGUCAAUCAUCGCUGCUCCUCCCUCAGCCUUGGGCAACUCAUGUUCUGAUUGGCUACGUGGUUUGGCUGGCUUCAUUCAGGUUCCUCCUCCUGAUGCAUAAGCACUUUUACAUCCCAAAAUCAGCAUUGGACACAGAUGACCAACAGGCAAUCUUCUCUCAAUCAGAGCAUGGACGCUGCGUAAAUGUCAAGGUGUCCAUCUGUAAGUCUCUCAUCUUGGCUGCCUUGGCUCUGGGAAACUCUGCCCUUGUUGGUGUCCUGCUGUCUGCUGUUGCACACAUUUGAUUUUUAAUGGAAGAAAAUCUCAUAUUAAUGUCAACUCUAAACUAAACUAUGAAAUGUUGACUUAAUUGUAUUAUGUUAAAACAUUUCACAGAACUGUUUUAGGUAAGUUGAAAUCAAUAAAAUUAAGUUAAAAUAAAACAGUAAACAUUAGGUUCGACUUAAUAUUGUUAUUUUAAGUAACCUCGUACAGUUAUGUGAAAUGUGUUGACAUAAUACAUUUAAUUCAAGUCAUGUACAUACAUUAUAGAUACAGAAAUCACUGCAUACAGAUAAAGAGAAGAAAGAGGAAAUAUAGGAGAAGAGAGGUGAAGUCCCCCCAACUGCGGCCCGUUGUCCAUUUUGAAUUGGCCCUCAGCUAAUUCUAAAAGUAUAUUAAAAGUAAAAUAUUUGUUCUAUAUUUUACUUCUUAAAUAGGUAUUUACAAAUAUAUAACACACUAUUAUUUGUGUGUUUAUCAGCCCACUUUUCAAAUACAUUCAGUCAAUUAAAGUUGAAAACAUUUUCUAACAAAUCUUACUCGAUAAAAAAAACCAAUAACCUAUUUCUAUAACAAGCUUGAAAGAUACCUUUCAUAUUUCCCCUUAUUAUAGGCAGUCUGAGGCUUCUGUAUUAAAUGAUGAGCUGUCAACACUUUUUGUAAGAAAAUAAAUUAAACCCUAUUUUUCUGUAUGUGGCCCUCAGUUUGGACACCCCUGCUCUAAGCCUAUAGCAGCAUAACUAGGGGCGGGUGAAAGGUAAGCCUGAGCCAGCCCUUACUAUGAGCUUUAUUCAAAAGGAAAGUCUUGCCUGAUUUUAAAAUGGAGAGGGGGACUUCCUCAAGAACAACAACUAGUAGCUUCUUCCAAGGAUGAGGAGCUUGACAACUGGAGGCUCUGGCUCCCAGUACAAUUCCAAGUUCAGCAUCGCCUGCCACAGAAACAGAGAGUAUUCAACACAGCAUCAUUUUCAUUUAAAUAAAUGUUUCACUUUUUAUUUAGAGAAUGCACAUAACAGUGUAGUUAUAUGCUUAUUUUUGUCUUUGUACAUUAAUGAUCAUCUCUUCAUAUAGUAAUUCUAUGUUAUGUAGCAUUAUUAAUGUUUUAUAGAUGCAUUAAAAACUCUUUAAAACAUUAAAACUCUUGAAUCAGCAAAA